GCAGCUGUGUGUGAAUCGCGGAGUCUUAAAUUGCUUGGGAUAUUCCUCUUAUUAAAGCAUCUAGAGGAGGAUGAGAGCACUGACGUCAGGUGGCGCCUUUAAAUAUUUAUCGUCAGCUCUUUGCUGCUGCAAAGGCAUUCUUGGGAACUUUGAGAAAGCAGCUGAAAUGCACAGCCUGAAAGAGCUGAGAUCUUGUGAAAUACAUAUUCUAGCAGAGAGGCGAUUCAAGCUCGUCAGCACGGGCUGAACGCAAUAAAAAAGAUCACAGACAAGCCUAUGGGGCAGACACCAUUUACUUUUUCAUAUCUUUGAAUUCAUUUCUUUUUAGCGGGAUUGCAGAAGUUGCCUAAGUGGAUAAUCAUCUGAACGCGGUUUGACAAGUAAAAGCUCAGCGUGUAAUAUGGACACCUGCAGGAAGUGUGCGUUAUUUUGUAAGAGGCUACGGGAGAAUACAAUGAUGAUGUGUGCCACGGACCCCUAAAGAUGCCGCUCGAGCUAAGGGAACCGACCACCUCUCCGUUCUGAAGCGAAUCUGAAGAAAAAUGAACUUAUUGCGAGGUUUUAUUUCAUCGUUCUACUGUUUGUUUUGCUCGCUCUGGUGCUGGCAUGUGAGUGGCGAAAUGCGACCACCUUCCUGGUCUGCCUGUCUUCUGGUCCUUUCUUUCAGUAAACACGGGGACGGGCGAUAGUAAAUUGUCUCGGCUAUUCUUAUGAGUCAAUUUUCACAGAUUCCGUGCUCUUUGGAAUAUUGCUUCAAUCUACAGAUGUCCAGGGCAAUUGCACGAGGCGAGACCAUAUCCAAAAAGGAAAAAAUGCAACCUCUUAACCCAUGGAGACAUGGCAUAUAGGUUCCUUAGCAGCCGAGUUGUGCCAUCUUCCAACAGGCAAACCAGAAGAUUCCUGUUCAUCUUCUCGCUUUCGUUAUCUUUCACUUAUUUAUGCUACAGUCUAAUAUUUUGUUCGGAUACCAUCAUGCAAAGCCCGAGCUACGAAGAGCACAGGUGUCUGCUGCUUCACAACAUCGGUGGGAAAAAACUUCUGCAGAAGUCCCACUAUUGCACUUUAGGGUCAGGGGAGGCGAAAGGGAUAAGAGAUGCAAACCAGGACGUGGUUCUCCUACAACGAGGGACGAGUCCAGCUGUGAACCAAAGUAAAACCCCGGCGGCGCCCAUCAGCGUCCAGGAGCGCAGGGCAAGCAACAACAACACGAGCGCACCCAAGUUUGGGAACAAAAGGCUGCCCAAUGCCAUCAUUGUCGGGGUCAAGAAAGGGGGCACCCGCGCCGUACUGGAGUUCAUCAGGAUUCAUCCUGACGUGCGUGCUGUGGGCACAGAGCCACAUUUCUUUGAUAGGAACUACGACAGGGGAUUAGACUGGUAUAGAAGCCUCAUGCCAAGGACUCUUGAUAGCCAGAUCACCAUGGAGAAAACCCCCAGUUACUUUGUCACCAAGGAGGCACCCAAAAGGAUUUUUAACAUGUCCAGAGAUUCAAAACUUAUUGUGGUUGUGCGCAACCCGGUGACCAGAGCCAUAUCAGACUAUACGCAGACUCUUUCCAAGAAGCCCGACAUUCCUACUUUUGAGGCUCUGGCAUUCAAGAACAGAACCCUGGGUCUGGUGGACUCCUCCUGGAACGCCAUCAGGAUAGGGAUGUACGUCCUACACCUUGAAAACUGGCUGCAGUACUUCCCUCUUUCCCAGAUCCACUUUGUAAGUGGGGAGAGGCUAAUCACCGACCCAGCAGGGGAAUUGGGAAGAGUGCAGGACUUCCUGGGUCUCAAAAGGAUUGUGACAGAUAAGCAUUUCUAUUUCAACAAAACAAAGGGAUUUCCCUGCCUAAAGAAACCAGAGAGCAGCAGUUUACCUCGUUGCUUAGGGAAAUCGAAGGGAAGAACUCAUGUCCAGAUUGACCAGGAUGUCAUUGAACAGCUCAGAGAGUUUUAUAGGCCAUUCAAUAUUAAAUUUUAUGAAAUGGUAGGGCACAACUUCAGGUGGGACUAAACAGUGGAGCUGACUUGAUAAAUGACUGAAAUAUUGUCUUCCAUUUAUCUGGCAAUCUGGAAUAACUCAUUUAUCUAUGGGCAUACCAUGAAGGUUACUGUCCUAACAAAGCCUGGCAGUUGGUGGCAGAUACCAAAUAUUUGGCAAAAUCACUAGGGGUAGAUGACUUAGGACUGAGGGAAGGAAGACUAGUCAGAAUAAAUGAAUAUGAAAUGUUAGAAUCAAUCUAAGGCACUGUAGUCAAUUCUUCACUUUACUUGGUUUCUUGACUCAAAUUGUGCUAUCAAAUACUUGCUGUCAGGUUUUUAUCAUCUGUUACUCGCACAGAGAGAAGUGUCUAGUAUUCAACACUCCUCAAAAGAGCUGACCAGAGCACUUUUGCUUUUUUUUUUUCUUACUCAUAUUAUGGGUAGGCCUCCUGGCAUGAAAAGAAAAGAGAACAAAUAUAUAAUGUCGAUAAGCGAAAAGAAAGAGGAACAAGUAAAUUUAAACAGUGACUUUUGCUUUUCUUCUAACAUCAGUAUAUUCUGUUUUAAACGAGUUACAAGACAGGCCAUAUAGUGUUUUAUGUCCAAUAUAAAGGAAGCAAGUGCUUUAAAAAAUUAGAACUUCUUCCCUAUAAAGAGGUUCAAACACAGUAAACAAAGCCAUGACAAUGGUGUUGUAUGCUUGAAAGAAUGUUGUAUUGUAACAAUAUUUUGUCCUGUGAAUAAAGCACAGAUUUAUGCUAUGA